UGUGUUUUUUAGCUAUAUAAUUUAGCAUUCUCUAUUGAUUUGAAUUCUUAGAGUUAAGUAUUUAUAGUCAACUGCUUGAAGACAUUUGUAACCCACGCACUAGUAACAAAAUCGAGCUGUACUGGUUAACCUUCAUCAUUAUUGAUUCGCAUCAAGGCCACCGCUGUGCGAUGGUAUCGUCCUCACCGUAGCCAGCCGCGGAAAGCAGUGUCCAGUGUGAUUUCAUUUUCAAGGCUCGAGUGGUUUUCGCUGCAAGCCAGUCCGGGAAAGUUGUAAAACCACUCUAUUGCGUAACGUCAAUAGUCUCGUCUGCAAAUAACGUAAAAAAACUAGUGUAUUGUUUGGUAAUUUGUAUGAAAUAUAUUUAGCAAAAUGCCAAUUGAUGAUUCUACUUCUUCUUCUGGAACAAAUGAGACUCCACAUGAAACAAGUUCCUCAGAGAUUCAACCAUCUUUGAUUGCUGGCCAUAAUAUUUGGGAAUGGCUAUUUCUAGUGAUAGCAACUUGGAAUGUGGCCCUUCUUUUUGCAGCAUCGGGAGUUGCUCUUGCACAAUGUGAACUACAACACAGCCUUCUUAACCCAGAAUUCUCUACUGAACUAAUUGUCAUUCUGGUGGCUGGCAUUGCUCUUGCAUUUGCCAUAUAUGGGAUCCAUGAAGAACAUCAGUAUGACAUUUAUCUUCAUGUUAUUUUCAUUUCCCUUGCUGAUUUCUUCAGUUACCUUGCUUCUGAGAAGAAUUGUCAUUCCUGCUUUAAACUAAUUUGUUUUUAUGUCUCUGUUGGAUUGACAGUUGUUAAUUGCAUCACAGCAUACAAGGCUACAACUGCUGCUGAUUGGACUGAAUUUCGAAUUAUUGGUGCAUCACAAUCUCUUGCUGUUAUGUAUAAAAAACAGUGUGCGUUCUUAGCUUUGCUGAAGUUUGAUUCUCUCUUUGUGGUUAUUUGUGCUCUCUACAGUUUUCCAAUUACUUUGGAAUUUCCAAAUGUGAAAAAUCUAUAUUUGCUCAUCAGUUUAAUUAUAAUGUACUCAUUCAUGAGUUGGUGCUGUGGAAAAGUUACUGUCUGUAAGGAAGACAAGUACUUAGCAUCAGGAUUUGUUGUCCUCUGCAUAACUUAUCCUUGUUUAAUAACCUAUCAGAUAUACAUGUCAAAAAUUCACAAGACCUCGUUUGAAAAUCAUAUGUUCUAUCAGUCUGCUCAAUACAUUGGUGUAAUUAUUGUUGUUUGCAAAUUCCUUCUAUCAUGCUUGAUGGUUCAGAUUUGCCAAACAUUUGGAUAUGGAUUGAACUCUAGAUCUUUAGAUAUAUUCAAGAAAUGGCUUGAUCGUCCAUCAAAGAACAAGGCAGCCAGUGAAAAGCAUAUGUGGUUUAAAUUCUUAAAGGAUUGCUGCCGUGUGAAAUGUUCCAACAAGACCAAGGAAACAGAAUAUACUUAUAAAGAUAUUUACCGAUUUUAAUAAUAAGAUCUUGAGUGUGCAGUAUCUUUUACCAUAAUAACUGAAAUGUUAUUGUAGGAUGUUCACUGUAAUGUUACUCUAUGCAAUUCCAUUGAAUGAUCUCUGCUGCAUUUGGGCCAUUGAUAAGAGAUAGUCAGUUACCUUAGAGGUCUAAGGUAUAACUAAAAACAAUAUACGAGAUUAAAAUAUUUGUUUUCCUUUUUUUUAUUGCAGAAAUCCUGUCCAAAAUAUGAAAUUUUUUAUUAUUAUGCCUACAAAGCUUUUAUUUUUUUCAAUCAUGCCCAUUCGUUUUGUUAACAAGGCAUCAAAAAUUAGCUUUUGUAUGCUGAUGUGAAAAAUAUUUUCUUAUAUAUGACUUUCCAAGAUAUUUUCAAUUUCAAUUGGUUGUUGAAGCACAUCACCUGAAUUUUAUUUAUCAUAUUGACGUAUAUGUAUUUCUUUUAUAUUUUUAGACUUCAAAUUGGCUUAGUAGGCAAACUCAUAUGAAGUCAAAAAUAUGAAAUUAUAAUUGCAAUAUAUAAAUUAUAUUCCAUUCCAAUUUUUAAAUUUU